CGGCGGGGCGGCCCGGGAUGGUCCGCGAGGUGCGCGCGAGCAGACGGGCGAGCGGGUGGCGCGGGCGCUCGGCUCCCGGUCCGCCGUCAGGGUGGGCUCCUGCGGUCCCCGGGGAGGGCGCUCCUGCCAGGGGUGACCACCACCUGGGCAUGGGACACUGGCCCCUUCCCCACUUCCUCUGAGUGAGCCAGCGGCUGGGGCUACUGGGGGGAUGCCUGUCCAUCACCGGAAGUCAGACUCUUGGGAGAUGGACCCUGAUUCACUGCCCGGCUGCAGGCUCGGCGACCUGAGCAGAGGGAGCAGCUUGGAGAGCCGGACCAGCAGCUCCCGUUCCAGAAGCCUCACUCUGGAUGAUGAGAGCCUGAGGUACCUCACACACGAGGAAAAGGACGUCCUCCUGUUUUUUGAAGAGACAAUUGAUUCCCUGGAAGAUGACUUUGAGGAGCAGGUCCUGUGUGCCGGUGACGCCCAGUGGCGCUCUCUGAGGCCUCUGGGAGAGAGCACUUCCGCUCCCUCACAGCCAGAGGAUGUCGUGGACUUGGUGCAGCCGGGCCCUGGAGCCGGGGAGCCUGAGAGCCUUGAGGAGGUGAAGGAGACCACAGGGGCUGUCCCUUUUGGAAAGGAAGACGCCCCUGACCUUGAACCCAAGAAAGAGGAUGCAGAGAUGUCUCCCCCAUCAGACCCCCCAGGGCCUGAGGCCCUGCCAUCUUCUCCACCUGCCUCACCUGCAGCAGCUCUGGCCCACCCCAGGAGAGAGCCCCCCACUCCUCCCGCAGAGCACCCCAAACUGACCCGCUCGGUCCCCACUCCGCUGGUCAUCGCCCAGAAGAUAUCUGAGAAGCUGGCAGGGAAUGAAGGGCUUUCGCCCACAUCUCCGUCCAAAGAGGGCAGGCCUGCAGAAUGGAGGACGCUGGCUUCUCUGGCCCCUCGACACGGAGACCACUCACCGUGGCACCGACACGCGGCCCAACCAGUGCCCAAGAUCCACCGCUUCCCGAGCAACAUCAGCGUGACCAACAGCGCGGGGAAGGACUUCAAUAAGACCAUCUCCAAGGCCGCAGUCAACGUGCAGGAGCGCAAAGCCCAGGUCCUGGCCAACAUCAACGGCGUCUCCUUCCUCUCCUUGGGGGAGACGGAGGACCGGGCCCAGAGAGGCGAGCCCACCGAGCAGAGAAGCAUCUCUCCCGAGCAGAGCCAGCCAGGCCUGGCCCAGGAGGCUGUCCCCACGCGAGAAGGGGCCCGCGGCGCCCAGCAGUCCAGAGGCGUGCAGACAGAACAGCCCCUGCCGCUGGCCAACGGCUUCCAGAGCAUCCACGACGUCCUCAGGAGCCAGGCCGGGCCCUUCGUCUCCACCGGGAAGACGGUGACCUUCCGUCCGGACCCGGCCCUCCCCAGCAGACUUGCACCCCAGCAGCCGGACUGCGGCCAGGCGGCCAGGAAGCGGUCAGGCUCGCUCCCCAGGGCUGUAGGGUUCAGACCCCAAGGCAUCACUGUCCAGUUCUCGGGCAGGGGCUCCACGGAGGAGGCCCGCCGGGAGGCCCUGCGGAAGCUCGGCCUCCUGAAGGAGAACUUAUGAUGGAGCGCGAGCGGGCGCCGCGGAAGGCAGGGUGGUCUGUUGCGCAGAGCCAAAACGAUGUGCACAUGCGCGCAGCGCAGCUGCAAAGCCCCAACUGGGUCCCCGGUUGACGACUAGAGAUGAAGGCCUGGGAGUCAGUAGACGAGCUGACCCCCUCCAUUCUGCAUCCGAGCUGGGACAUCCUUCCACGUGAGAGGGCCCGCACCACAUCUUGUCUUCCCUUUUCCAGGAGCUCAGAGAAUAACCUUGAAAACCUAUAGGUUUCUAUGAUUUGUAAAUGCCGUAUGUUUUUUGGAUCUAGGAGGAAGGGGAUUUGGGUCUGUUUUUUUUUUUUUUGCUGUUGUUGAGACUCUGAUCUAACCUUUAAUCCUCGAAUGCAUGAGAGGAAAGCCAGUGUAGAUCUUAUACUCGUUUCCCUAAGAAAGGGAACUUCCCCUUCUUUUCAAGAAAAUAAAGAAGUGCUUGUUCAAUUUUCAUAGUGUCUUAAAGUACUGUUUUGGUCUUUUGUUAGUUUUUAAAGGUGAAAGUAUGUUAGCCUGAGAUAUGCCUUUGUUUCUUGAUAAAAUUUGGUUUGCCCUGGUUUUUUUCUUUUAGUUGAAAAUUAAAGCCUUUAGAGUAUGAUUUGCUGUAAUGUUGAGUUAUGAGAAUGGAAUGUAAGGGUUCAGUUUGGAAAAGGGGGUAAUUUUAAGAAAGUCUUAUCAAAGUACAGAGCCUUUGUUACUGGGAGAUAUGUGUAUGAUCAUGUAUUAUGUAUAUACAUGUAUAUAAUGUAUGUUUAUAGGGACAUAUAUACAGAUAUCAGAGAAGGUGAUGGCACCCCACUCCAGUACUCUUGCCUGGAAAACCCCAUGGACAGAGGAGCCUGG